CCUUUCUGCCAGGACAACCUGUGCACACCACACAGCCAUGGGCCCCAGAGCAGGUGUCCCGGUAAACCCAGGCCUCAUCCUCUUCGUGUGGCUCACGGCCCACUGCUCUCGUCCCCAGGCUGAGGGCUUCUCCCAGGGAGGACUAGAUGCCAGCAGGGCCGACACGUGGGCCAGUGCCAACACCUCCCUCCUGCAAGGCUUCUGGUGCCAGCCAGCCAGCCAGCUGUCCCAGGACCAGCUUUCAGCUCUGAUCAGGAGGAUGGCAUCGCAGCAGGUGCUCCUCAAAGCCUGGCAGCUCAGCUGCCUGGCCAACUUGGCUGCCCGGCGUGGCCUCCAGGGUGACUUCGCACAGCACCCACCUGACCUGUUACUCUUCUACAACCUGGCGCAGGUGAGGGAAGCCGACUGCCGGGCCUUCACCCGCCGUGCAGCUCAGGGGGACAUGGAGCUGCUGGCCAACCUGCCUGACCAGAGGGCUGCCCUCCAGCACUUGGCCUUGGCCUGCCUGGGAGGGCCGCCCACUCGGCUCAGCGCUUCCGACCUCCUGCUCCUUGGGGUCCUGGUAUGCGACAUGGACGCGUCCAGCAUUGUGGCCUCGGACCCCCAUGUGCUGCAGAACCUGCAGCGCUGCCCCCGGCUGACUCCUGCCCAGCAGGCCGCCCUCAACACACUGCUGGCCAGAGGGAGGACCAUGCUCGGGCCCCCCAGCUCUUGGAAUCUGGAGGGGCUGCAGGCUUUGGGACCCCUGGCCGCCUACAUCAGCCCAAGCCUAUGGAUGCAGGUGCAGGAGGCCGUGGGCCUGGCCUUCUUCGGCAGCAUGGUGGCCACAUACCGGGCAGGGACACUCAGCCAGCGGGAUGCCAGGCGCUUUGUCACCAGUUUCCUCGAAGCCAAAGCCAAGUCAUGGUCCUCACGGCCCAAACGAGGCACAGGGAGACCGUGCGUCCGUGGCAACAUCACGGCAGCCACGCUGCAGGACAACCUCUUCCUGCUACACUACGACUGCUUGCAGCUCGAGUCCUGCCUGGGGAGCCGUGUACUCAGGGCCAACUUGGACCCGCUGCUGCAGCACCCACUGCCUGCCGAGUGCCAGCGUGUCGUCAAGGCCAAGCUGGCUCGGGUCUACCCGAGCGGCAUUCCAGAGGAGCAGCUGCAGCUCAUCACCUCGCUGGUCUACCUCUACUCCUUCACGGAGAUCGGCCAGUGGAACAUUACAUCCAGGAACACGGUCAUGGCCCUGCUGGCCUCAGACGUGGCCCUGGAGAACCAGACGGAGGCCAUCCUGCAGAAGUUCCUGGACCACAAAGGCAGGGUCACCAGUGCCCUGCUUGUGGCCAUUGGGGGUUCCCGCCUCUGUUGGAUGAGCCCCCAGCAGAUCCAGGCCAUCCAGCCUUCCGAGUUCCGGCUGGCCGGGGCCCUGGAUAUCUCCUCCUGCCCCCAGAGCAGGAAGAAUGUGCUCUACACCAAAGCCCGAGAGGCCUUCGGCAGCACCGGGACCACGGCCGCCUACUACCGCUUCAUGCGCCCCUACCUCGGUGGUGCCCCGGUGGAGGAGCUGCAGUACCUGGCCCAGGCCAAUGUCUCCAUGGACAUCCACACCUUCACCAACCUGAACCCCCAAGUCCUGCAGAACCUAAGUAUUGACAAGGUGACGACGCUGCUGGGCCAGAACGUGGGGGACCUGCAGAAGGCACGCAGCCACCCAGCCAUCAGCUCCUGGCUCCGCAGCCUGAACAGGUCGGCCCUGGGUGAGCUGGGCCUGGACACGGACCCCAGCGGCCCCAGCGGCCCCACCCGCUUGACCACUACGAUCCCCAACACCAUCCCGUGGGCGCCCCACCUAGCCACCACCUCGCGCAGGCCUGGGAAGGAGGCCCCCACCUCAGGCAGCCCACCAGCCCACCUGGGGUACUUGCCACUUGCUGUGGCCCUGCCCUCUAGCCUCCUGUGGCUGCUGUAUUGGGGCACCCUAGGGCCCGGUGGGGACUGCUCACGGGGCACCUGCAUGAUGACCUCCGAACACAGCGCUGUCCCAGCACCACAUGCAGGAAAACUGGGGCUGGUGGAUGGAGCUGGACACCUGCCUAGGCCUCCGUGCAAACCCCGGGCCCACACGACCUGGCCGUGUCCCACAUCCUAGGGGCCCGCAGGGCCGGUCCCCACCCACACCCAGCUCCCAGGACCUGGAUCGGACUGAGGGCCUGGGCAGACGUCAGCCAGCUGAGGGAGACACUGCUCCAACCCUCUGGCCUCCUUCAAGACGAAGAACUGGGGGUGGCAAGCAUGGUACUUACUUCACUGAUUAACUUAAAU